AUGAGUCCCCCAUCUGCAAUCAGUGCUGUGAGAAUUCAAUCAGCAGACAGCAUUGUGGUUUUUAGGAAAGCACUGCUGACUGAAAUAAUGGUGCCUGGUAGUACAUCGCAGUUCUCCGUAAAAAGUGCUAUAGAACGGUUGUUAACUUGGGCAAGUUCCAAAAUCAGCAAGCCUCCUCCUGAAGAUAAAGUUGCUCAGAAAAACAAGGACAUUUUCAACAUUGUCAUGACUCCUGAUCGCAUUCCCAAAUUUUUCAUCCCUUCUCUGGACAUAGAGCAUAUUUCCUUCCAAGAGGAGCCGGAGGAAGACACUGUAGAGACUUCUCCUGAGAGAGGGUUUUCUGACAAAGUUACUUAUAAGCGCAGAACAAUGAGAAGCAAAUCUGAAUCCUACAUCAGGAAAGAUGCAUUGUGCAAAAGAGAGAGUCUGGACAGAAGAGGAACCCUGUCCUUUACAGACCGAAUGAUUUUACCUGGAGACCUGGAGAGAGCUGCACAUCACUCUGACCCAGCAACAAGAGCUGCUCUCUCUUUACCUCACCUCUCCAAAAUCACUACUCCCUACGGGUUUGUCACACUGGGUGAGAGUCCUAAUACCAGGAGAAAAGAGUCUCUCUUUUUUCAGCAUGACUCUGAAGAGCUUAAAAUCCUCUUGUCCCAAAGGAAGAAGACCACCUCUUUUGUAAGAAGCUCAUCCAACCCUUUCAGUGAACUUCAACAGACCAUGGAGUGCAUAAAACCUUCAGUCACCCCUUUUAAGACCAAGCGGGCUGUUUCGUGGGAGGCAGUCUGCAACAGCCAGCUUUCUCCUUUGCACUGCAAAUCAGACUCUGAAACAUACCCUGUGAAAUGCGAGAAGAAGAGGUUUCAGAUGACAAUGAAGAGACCCCUGGCCAGCAUCAAGAGGAUUCGAUCUGGCAGUGGGGUUAACUGGCUACGCUAAUGACACGCAGAGCAGUCCCAGCUCUCAGGUCCUAUGAAAAUUUAAAAGAGACAGUCUUCCACAGUAGUGUGCAAACAUGACUGUGUUGCACACAUUCAUCGUUGCAAGCUCCCGGUAAAGGCCAGAACAACAACCAGAAAGAACUUGCUUACACUUGGCAGGUUGAAUGCAUCUCCUGUUUCCUAAAGUCAUACUCAAGCAUCUUUGCAUCUUUUAAAAUGCAAACAAAGACAGGACUAACUGAAAUAGGUCAUUUUCCAAAGGGAAUGCUGUCUAUUGUGGUCAUGCCUGUAUAAUCUGUGAGAAGGAAGGAAAUUACUACAUCAAAAGCAAACUACAAAGACAGAAAAUACCUGCUUUUAGAGUAGUUGGUUUCAGACUAAUAGCAAACUUGAAAAGAAGAAACAUGCUAGCUAGUCAGGUAAAAGUUGUUUUUCUUUUUUUCUCAUAUUAGAGUGUAAGUGAAAACUAAUUAAGAGUUAAUAUGUCCCAGGCUGUUUACAGCAGGUAGUUGCAGUCAUUCAUAACUUCUGGCAGGAAUGUGCUGGCUGAGAGGGAAAGCCAGGUGUCUGCCUUACUGAUGACAGUGAACAGCAAGCUGCUCCCUAUUUUUAACAGAUAUGUUUAUUUUAUGAACUCUUGUAGUUAGCCAUUCAACACAGCUAGAAUUAGAGGGAAACUGAUGUGAUUUGUUUACCUUGUUACCAGUGUCAAAGUAUAACAACAUUCUAUUUAUAACCUGUCAUUGUUCCAGUUAUAACUAAACCAAAUAAAAUCUCUUUUGCUUUAA